CACGCCGUCUCUUAUCAGCCAUAAACCCCGCGCUUCUGCCUUAAAUUUGGCAAUUCAACUGCUAUUGCCAGUUUAGUCAGUAAUCUAACCCAGAAACAUUAACAAUGUCGAUCGCCACCUACGAGGAAGUCCUGGACCUGCCCAACCACCCGGAGAAGCUGCUCGUGGACGUCCGAAGUCCGGACGAGCGCGACCAGACAGGGAAAAUCCCGACCAGCAUCAACAUUCCAUUGCUAACGCUGGAGGAAACGCUAAAAUUGUCGGCCGACGAGUUCAAGGCAAAGUUUGGACGCGACAAGCCGGAACUUGGCACGGAGAUGAUCUUUCACUGCGGCAAGGGGGGACGCGCGCAGAAGGCCGCGGAUGCGGCCUCGGUUCUUGGAUUUUCGAAGGCAAGAAAUUACAAAGGAUCUUGGAGCGAGUGGUCAACUAAACAAGGAUUAAACUAAGUUUGUUGCAAAGGCUUUCGAAGAAAUAAAAUAAAUAUUGUUCAACAAAUAA